CGGUGUGUGUUGCUCUUGCAUGUCCAAGUUCUCAACCAGUUCUGCUUUGGAACUAUUGCUGUGGGUCCACACCUGACCGGUCCUCCUCCUCCUCUGUAGGUCCAAUAUGGCAGCGACAGUUAACACACCUCGGUCAGCUCACCCAGAACCAAGCAGAGUGCACGUAAGCAGUUGGGCUAACAGUUGUGGGCCAACCUCUGAUCCGCAUGAUCCAGGACUACAUGGCCCCUGCCAAGAUCCCCGACCUCCACCAAACCCCCAACACCACAUCCCUGCCCGGCCUGUCUUCUACGUCCAUGCUCCACCGCCACCCCCUUUCCACCCCUACGAGUGGCCCAUGCACUUCUCCCAUAACCCUUUUGCUGGCUUCCCAGGAAUGGGCUAUAGUAUGGCAAUGCCCCAAUUCCCUCCUCCCACUCCUUAUAAGGAGGUUCCAGCAUACAUUAUGCCCCAACCUCACAUGCAACCUGUCGACUACAGACGUUUCAUCCACCCCCAGGCACCCAGCGCACCUUACCAGAACCCGUACCAGAACCCGUACCAGACCUCUAGAGUCCGCCCACAUCUUACCGGCCCUGUUAGAGAAACCGUGAACUCGGCAGUCCAAACAGAACCCCAACAGAGAGAAACCGUUAACUCUGAGGUCCAAACAGAACCCCAACAGAGAGAAACCGUUAACUCUGAGGUCCAAACAGAACCCCAACAAAGAGGAGCAAGUUGUUACGGCGAGGAAAGCCCACUCAUCAGCGCAGAUUCGGGUCGUGGAACUCCCUGUAUAAACAAUAGCUCUUACCUGAAGAGACCAUGGAACGCGUCCAUUUGGUCCGUGGAGUUUCUGGCCCCCUUCAUCCCCACUAAGGAGUGGCUCCUGCAGAACAGCGUGUUGGCAGCCGAUGUGGUAGUUGAGGAAUCUAAAAAAAAGAGAUCCUCCUCUGACACCUCGCUGUCGGACAGCUGGCCCCUGUCCAGCACCCCCACCAGGAAGACAAGUCCACGAAAGGAGCCAGAAAUAGAGUGCGACAUGGGAAGCAGAGUCCAAGCCCAGAGCGUGGCUCCUUCAGAAAAGGGUCGCUCGGCUUCCCCAAAUGACCUGCAGAGUAAAAUGAUUUUAUCUACCCCCACUUCAGAGGACACAAAUAGGUCUUCUGAACCUGAGGCUAUUCAGAGCCCCAACCAGGACAUUUUAAAUGAGCAGCAGAACAAAAGGACCUGCUCUCAUCUGCAGGAAAAGAGUCCACGCUUGAACCCCACAGAAGAGAAGACCUGUGCAAGAAGGCUGAAUCUACAAAAUGGAGCAGACAUCAACUUGGAAGAUGGAGCAUAUGGGAACGAAGAAGAUGGUCGGUUUACAAAAGAGGAGCUGUGCGUCCCAAAGGCUGAUCAGAAGACAGCAGAAGUGUCUCCAUCGAAGGUGGACUUUGGAGUCCAGUGUAAUGAGUUACAGGAGCACAAGUGUGCCUGUGAGGAGGCAAGGUGCAGCAUGGGCCAAAACGGGAAACAGCGUUUUACACUUUCAGGAAAGAACAAUGGAAAGUACAGACAACGAGAAGGUCCCAACAUAAAGGGACAAACGCAGAGGAAGCGAGUCUUCAGGAAAUACAGGGGUCAAGACAGCAACCAGCAUGAAGCCUAAAGUGGAUUCCAUGGGAAACCCCAAGGCUGAAAAUGAACGUUAUCCUCUGUACUGAGCACUGACUCCUCUUCAACUCCUGGUUUUAAAGAAUUAAUUUUAUAUUAAAAUAUAUUUAUAAUUAAAAAUA